UCACCGGCGCCGUCAUCUCCGUCACGCACCGAGCCACAUGCACCGGAGAGCCAGCUAGGCCCGCCAGCCACCACUCUACCACACCGCACGAUGUCGUCGGCCAGGGCGCGGCGGGGCGGGAGCCUGCAGUUCCCGGUGGGGCGGUGGCGCCACGUGGCGGUGGUGGACGCCGGGUGCGGCUGCCGCCCGCGCCGGGCCACCUCACGCCUGCUCAGCCAGCUGCCCUCCUUCCUCCGCCCCUCGCCCAAGCCCCCGCAGCAGCCGCCGCGGAGCAGCUCCCGCUCCUCGUCGGGCUUCUUCCCGUCCUCCGCCUCCACCGCCUCCUCCUCCGCCGCCACCUUCACCACCACCCACUCCUCCUACUCCAACUACUCCGCCUACUCCUACUCGGGCGCCGCCUGCACUGCCGCCACCACCAAGAGCAAGAAGCAGCACGACCCGCCGGCGUCGACCAACAAGGCGCCGCCGCCUACUUCGUCCUCCCACGCGGCGGCGUCCAGGAGGCGGCAGCAGGGCAGCAGGAGGAAGAAGAGGUACGAGAAGAUGGGCGCCGCCGCCGCAGCAGGACAGGAGGAGGACGACGUGGGCGUGGCUGUGGAGAAGGAGUCCUCCGACCCGCGCGCCGACUUCCGCGAGAGCAUGGUCCAGAUGGUGGUUGAGAUGGGGCUGUGCGGCUGGGACGACCUCCGCUGCAUGCUCCGCCGCCUGCUGGCCCUCAACGCCCCGCGCCACCACGCCGCCAUCCUCGCCGCCUUCGCCGAGGUCUGCGCGCAGCUCACCGCGCCCCCGCCGCCGCCGCCGCACCCGGCGUACCACGCCUACGACUACCACUACCACUACUGACCAGCCGACGAGCUGGCUCGCCGCUCCACCCUCCACCAGCGUCGUCAGCGACCUCCUGCACGCUCUGGAGGGUCUCGAGAUCCUGGCACCACCCGUGUGCUGCCUGCGCGCUCGUGCUGCUGUACAGUCACCGGUGGUGAUAGGAUCUCGUAGUACUAGUAUCAUCAGGAUUGGUAGUACCUGUUCCUUGUGUGUUCUAGAUGCAGUAAUCCGUCAGGUGUUUCAGCCUUAUUUAGCAUGUUUAAGUUUCUGAUUUUCUCGCUGCCAGCUUGGAAUAACCAAGCUGGCUUGCUGGAUGUUGCAGUGUGCUUGUUUUCAGUGUGUUCGCCUGUUCGGCUGACCUUUGGUUUUGGAUGAAGGUCUCUGAAAGUGUAGAAGUGUGCUAGUUUAGACUCAUGUAACUUGCACUGUUUGAAAUGUUUGAAGUGUUCACGCUUAAUAACGCAUGGCACUUACUAGAAAAACGAUUGGUUAUACUAUACUA